CCAGUAGGUGGCGGGAAUGCACCAUUUAAGUUUGGUUUGCCAACUGCCAUUAAACUUGAGUAGAAGAAGAAGAAGAAGAAGAAACAUCACCCGCUUGUUGAUGAUGGAUGUGAUGUGCUGUAAAUCAGUGGGAACUGAUCUGUCCAUGCUGGAUAUUGAUGAUUUCAUCACAGAAAUCUCUCAGCUGAAGAAAGAGGUGGCGUUACUGGAGACAAAGCUGAGGUUAAGAGGAGAUGAAGGACUGAAGAGAGAGGACUCUGAGCUCAGUCUGACUUUACUCUGUUAUACUGAGUCAAAGCCCACAGACGCUCAGGACACUACAGUGUGUGACAGUAAUCAGGGCUUACAGGAUGAGGAAUCUACUGAUCAAACCUCCACAGAGUCUCUGGAUUCUGUCUUGAACGCUGGAGAACAGCAGCAGAUCCUGCAGACCAAACUCAAGAUGUGUUCAGUCAAACUCAUUGACUGCAGGAACCUCAUGAUGAAGAUUAAAACUGAACCUACAGAAAUAAAAACUGAAACCACAGCAGAUGAAUAUGAAGACCAUCCUAAUGAUGGUCAUGAUUUUAUUCUGACAGAUGUGAAGAGUGAUUUAUGUUUGGAUGGAGAAAUAACGUCCUCAAAUCUUUCCUGCAUCACCGGUGGAGAGACAUUGAUCUCACAGAGACAUUUAGAGAGAAAACACACAGAACAGAAACUCUUCACCUGCAAGGGAUGCAAGAUCAGCUUUAACACCUUACAAGAGAAGGAACUUCAUUCACAAGAGCACAAAGAAAAGAAGAUAAAGUUUCACUGUCAGCAGUGUGGGAAGGAUUUUGGCUUCUUAUUUUAUCUGAAACGUCACAUAAGUAAACACAGUCAUGAAAAACAUUUCCACUGCACUGAAUGUGGCAGAUAUUUCAGCAGGAAAAUAAAUCUUGUUGCUCAUCAGAGAAUUCACACAGGAGAAAAACCAUAUGAGUGUCCUCACUGUGAGAAGAGAUUCAACCACAAACCUCAUCUGAAGAUUCAUGUGCGUAUACACACCAGUGAGAGACCGUAUCAGUGCAGUGAAUGUGACAAAGCCUUUAGGGCUUCAAGUUCAUUAAAAUUACACCAGAAAAUUCACGGUGAAGAAAAACCCUAUCAAUGUUCACACUGUGAUGAACGUUUCUGUCAGAAAUCUCAGCUGAUAGUCCAUGAGAGAAUUCACACUGGAGAAAAACAUUUCCACUGCACUGAAUGUGGCAGAUAUUUCAGCAGGAAAACAAAUCUUGUUAUUCAUCAGAGAAUUCACACAGGAGAAAAACCAUACAAGUGUCCUCACUGUGAGAAGAGAUUCAACCACAAACCUCAUCUGAAGAGUCAUGUGCGUAUACACACCAAUGAGAGACCGUAUCAGUGCAGUCAAUGUGACAAAGCCUUUAGGUAUACAAGUUCAUUAAAAUCACACCAGAAAAUUCACUCUGAAGAAAAACCCUAUCAAUGUUCACACUGUGAUGAACGUUUCUGUCAGAAAUCUCAGCUGAUAGUCCAUGAGAGAAUUCAUACUGAAGAAAAACCUCAUCACUGUAAUGUUUGUGGGAAGAGUUUCAGUCACUGUGCCAGUUUAGUGAAACACCAGAGAACUCAUACAGGUGAAAAACCUUACAAAUGCUCUCAUUGUGGAAAGAGCUUCUCUGAUCCAUCUAGUUUUAGAUUUCAUAAAAGAGUUCACACAGGAGAAAAACCAUACAAGUGUCCUCACUGUGAGAAGAGAUUCAACCACAAACAUGCUCUGAAGAUUCAUGUGCGUAUACACACCAGUGAGAGACCGUAUCAGUGCAGUGAAUGUGACAAAGCCUUUAGGGAUUCAAGUUCAUUAAAAUUACACCAGAAAAUUCACUCUGAAGAAAAACCCUAUCAAUGUUCACACUGUGAUAAACGUUUCUGUCAGAAAUCUCAGCUGAUAGUCCAUGAGAGAAUUCACACUGGAGAGAAACCUCAUCACUGUAAUGUUUGUGGGAAGAGUUUCAGUCAACAUGUCAGUUUAGUGAUACACCAGAGAACUCAUACAGGUGAAAAACCUUACAAAUGCUCUCAUUGUGGAAAGAGCUUCUCUGAUCCAUCUAGUUUUAAAGUUCAUCAAAGAGUUCACACUGGAGAGAAAACUCAUCACUGUAGUAGACCGUAUCAGUGCAGUGAAUGUGACAAAGCCUUUAGGGCUUCAAGUUCAUUAAAAUUACACCAGAAAAUUCACUCUUUAGAAAAACCCUAUCAAUGUUCACACUGUGAUGAACGUUUCUGUCAGAAAUCUCAGCUGAUAGUCCAUGAGAGAAUUCACACUGGAGAAAAACAUUUCCACUGCACUGAAUGUGGCAAAUAUUUCAGCAGGAAAAUAAAUCUUGUUAUUCAUCAGAGAAUUCACACAGGAGAAAAACCAUACAAGUGUCCUCACUGUGAGAAGAGAUUCAACCACAAACCUCAUCUGAAGAGUCAUGUGCGUAUACACACCAAUGAGAGACCGUAUCAGUGCAGUCAAUGUGACAAAGCCUUUAGGUAUACAAGUUCAUUAAAAUCACACCAGAAAAUUCACUCUGAAGAAAAACCCUAUCAAUGUUCACACUGUGAUGAACGUUUCUGUCAGAAAUCUCAGCUGAUAGUCCAUGAGAGAAUUCAUACUGAAGAAAAACCUCAUCACUGUAAUGUUUGUGGGAAGAGUUUCAGUCACCGUGCCAGUUUAGUGAAACACCAGAGAACUCAUACAGGUGAAAAACCUUACAAAUGCUCUCAUUGUGGAAAGAGCUUCUCUGAUCCAUCUAAUUUUAAAUUUCAUAAAAGAGUUCACACAGGAGAAAAACCAUACAAGUGUCCUCACUGUGAGAAGAGAUUCAACCACAAACAUGCUCUGAAGAUUCAUGUGCGUAUACACACCAGUGAGAGACCGUAUCAGUGCAGUGAAUGUGACAAAGCCUUUAGGGAUUCAAGUUCAUUAAAAUUACACCAGAAAAUUCACUCUGAAGAAAAACCCUAUCAAUGUUCACACUGUGAUAAACGUUUCUGUCAGAAAUCUCAGCUGAUAGUCCAUGAGAGAAUUCACACUGGAGAGAAACCUCAUCACUGUAAUGUUUGUGGGAAGAGUUUCAGUCAACGUGUCAGUUUAGUGAAACACCAGAGAACUCAUACAGGUGAAAAACCUUACAAAUGCUCUCAUUGUGGAAAGAGCUUCUCUGAUCCAUCUAGUUUUAAAGUUCAUCAAAGAGUUCACACUGGAGAGAAAACUCAUCACUGUAGUGUUUGUGGGAUGAGUUUCAGUCGACGUGACAGUUUAGUGUCACACCACAGAACUCAUACACGUGAAAGACCUUACAAAAGCUCUCAGUGUGCGAAGACAUUUACUCAGUCAAGUAAUUAAAAGCCCAUGAGAGAAUUCAAACAGGAGAGAACCUUUAUGUCUGCUCGAUUUGUGGAGAGAGAUUCUUACUCUGGAAGUUUUCAGCAUCAUCAGAAGAAACACACUAAAGAACAAAGUACACUGAAAUCAUUGUAGUGUUUGUCUUGACACACUGGUUGUGUAUAUUCGAUGAGAAUAUUUGAUUCGAUAAUGUACUAGAACAAAAACUGUUUAUUUCUAUGAAUGACUUUACAUUGACUUUGGUUAUUUGUGGUGCCAAAAGCAAAGAUUUAGUUCUCAUCGCCAGGUAACAUUUAUAAACUCUCUACAUUUUUACUAUUAAUGUUUUUGUGUGAUUGAUCAGUGUGUUAUAUUGCUUGAAUUGAAUGUUGAAUUAAUUCGUCGUUUACUCUCUCCUUUUGUUUUAUUUCGUGUUUUGUAUGAUUGAUCAACCCAGCUAGAAGAAAAAAGGUCUAAUAAUGUUCCCUGAAAGUUCCCAAGGUUCCCAAAAACAUUCUGCCAACGUUAAAAGCAUCCAGUUUUUUUUUAAGUUCUAGGAACGUUUCUGUUGUCUGAACGUUAGAGGAAUGUUACAUUUUACCAUUUUUAAACGUUAUGACAAUGUCACGCUUUAAUGUUCACACAAUGUUUAAAACAACAACUGUUUAUUAUAUUGACUUGUUUAAUUGUUAUGUAAAUGAUAGAGAAACAUUGCAUUUUAUUAUUUAAUAAAACAUUAUUUCUGAAUGUUCAGUAAAUAUAUUGCUGUAGAAAACACAAUUCACUUAUUAGGUUUAGAUGUUGAUGUUUUGUUUCAUUUUAAGUCACCCUUAUUGUGAUUAGUGUUUGUUUUAGUUGGACUCUUGACACUUGACUUUUUACUUGUUAGUUUUUGUUCCUGGUUGUGUUAACUUUUUGUUAAUACACCACAUUUGUAAUGAAAAGUUAAUAGUGUAAUUCUGUGGUGCUUGGUACAUAAUGGUAAAGAUCAUAACCUAAUUAAUUUACUAAUCAUAUGUUUAUUUUCUGUCAAAAAUGUAAAUGAGAUCCAGCGCUAUCACAGCAGUUUGUCAUUAAGGAGUUUAAGAAACUUUGGACAAAACAUAUCUGCUGUAUAAUUGGGACGCACAAACAUCAAGAAUCAGACUAUGAAUCUCAACCAUGGUGACAAUUAAAUGAAAAACUUCAUGCUGCAAUGCAUGCUGGCAGGGCCGGCGCUAGCUAUAGGCAGAGUAGGCAAAUGCCUAGGGCCUCAAGCUUGGAAGGGGGGCCUCCAUAACUGCUAAGUCCAUGUGCGCUGGUCCGACAAUCACUACUGACAGCAUUAAAUAAAGUUUUAAGGUGAGUUCAACUUUAUGAGGCGCCGCCGCCACUGCAAGAAUUAAGUUUGUAUUUAAAAAGGUUUGUAUUUAAAGUCGAACAGCAAACAAAACUGGCGUUACCUAAAGUAAACUGUCUGUAUAUCUUUUAAGUCCUCUACACUUUAUUUUAGUUUUCAAAUCAUGAAAGUAGUUUGUCUGUUUAACUUCCAGUGGCAGCUGAUUUGUAUGGAUAUUUAAGGUAGUUUAUAAAAGGUAUUGCAAUAGUCUGAUAGAUAACUUUAUACUGUAUAUUGGUUAAGUAAGAGGGAAAUUCUUCUUUAUACCAAGUUAAAAUAAUAAAACAAUAAAAGUUGUUCACCUGUAAUUUUUUUACGGUUAGGGUUUUUGCAAUGUACUGUUUUUUUUUAUUUUACUCUUUGGAGAAAGCAAAACUGUUAUCCUGUGUUAUCACAAAAAGGUGGUGUUUUUAAUAAAUGUGACUGCCUUCAAAUUUUUAACACAUGUGCUUUUGCAUAAUAUCUAAUUACAUUUUAGCAUAAAGUUAAUCAAUUUGUUGAUAAAACUUAAUAAAAAGUAAAAGUAAUGGGGAAAAACAUGUUUAAUAACUGUAGUGCUCAUCUGAUUUCUUACGCAGUAGAAUAACACGUUCUCACAUUAUUCUGAAAAUUAGAGGGGUGUGAGGGGCCUCCAACAUAAAUUUUGCCUAGGGCCUCCAAAUAUCUAGAACCGGCCCUGCAUGCUGGGUAUUAACAAAUUACAAAUCUCAUUCAGGAUUCCCAGCAUGCACUGCAGCAUGGAUAAAUAUUGAUUUUUUUUAACAAUUUUAUUUGUCACCAUGGUUGAGAUUCAUAAUCUGAUUCUUGAUGUUUGUGCCUCCCAAUUAUAC